UUUUAAAUACGUGAAUUGUUUUCCAAAAAAAAAAAUCUCAGUGCCUGCUCCAAAGGAAUUUAGGACCGGCAUAUGUUUCUCCCUUUCUCCAGUUGAAGAUUUAUAAAGGGAAAUUUGCAAAAAUGGUCGGAAUGAUGAGCGCGAAGGAAAUUCGCCAAAUUUACAUCGACUAUUUUAUAAAGCAGAAGGAACAUAUUUAUGUUCAUUCGAGUUCAACAAUUCCUCACGAUGAUCCUACUUUAUUGUUCGCCAAUGCUGGAAUGAAUCAGUUUAAACCAAUUUUCUUGGGAACCGUGGAUCCUAAUAGUGACAUGUCAAAAUGGAUUCGAGUCGUAAAUACUCAAAAGUGCAUUAGAGCUGGUGGAAAACACAAUGAUUUGGAUGAUGUCGGAAAGGACGUUUAUCAUCACACCUUUUUCGAAAUGUUGGGAAAUUGGUCUUUCGGCGAUUACUUCAAGAAAGAAAUUUGUACUUGGGCCUGGGAAUUUUUGACUGUGAUUUUAAAACUUCCGGCACAACAACUUUACGUGACUUAUUUCGGUGGUGACGAGAAAAGUGGAUUACCACCCGAUGAAGAAUGCAAACAAAUUUGGAUUUCUCUUGGUGUGCUACCGACUCACGUACUUCCUGGUUCAAUGAAGGACAAUUUUUGGGAAAUGGGCGAAACUGGUCCCUGCGGACCAUGCAGUGAAUUGCAUUUCGAUAGAAUUGGCGGCAGAGAAGUUCCUGAACUUGUCAAUAUGGAUGAUCCCGACGUUCUUGAAAUUUGGAAUCUCGUUUUUAUUCAGUACAACAGAGAGUCGAGCGGUGAACUACGACCAUUGCCGAAGAAACACAUCGAUUGUGGAUUGGGUUUGGAGCGUUUAGUCUCGGUGAUACAAAAUAAGCGUUCAAAUUACGAUACUGAUUUAUUUAUGCCAAUUUUCGAGGCAAUCGAAAAAGGAACAGGUGCUCCGGCUUAUCAGGGAAAAGUUGGCGACGAGGACAAGGACGGAAUUGACAUGGCUUAUCGAGUUCUAGCGGAUCAUGCACGUACACUGACAAUUGCCCUCGCUGACGGUGGAGUUCCCGAUAACACUGGUCGAGGAUACGUCCUUAGAAGAAUUUUAAGACGCGGUGUACGUUACGCCACGGAGAAACUUAAUGCGAAACCUGGAUUUUUCGCUUCUUUGGUAAACGUUGUCGUAAACAUUCUAGGCGAUGUCUUUCCGGAGGUGAAGAAAGAUCCCGAUUCGAUAAUUUCAAUUAUCAAUGAAGAGGAGACGCAAUUUUUAAAGACUUUAUCGAGGGGACGAAAUCUUUUGAAUCGAACAAUUGGAAAAUUGGAAUCGUGUAAAAUUGUUCCCGGCGAAGUUGCUUGGCGAUUAUAUGACACUUACGGUUUUCCCGUAGAUUUAACGCAAUUAAUGGCCGAGGAAAAGGGUCUGCAAGUCGAUAUGCAAGGCUAUGAGGAAGCGAAAAAAUUGGCUCAGAUAGCAUCGCAGGGAAAAACCGGCGAAAUAGACGAUCAAGUGAAUUUGGACGUUCAUUCAAUAACGGAAUUACAAGACAAGGGAAUAAAGCCAACGAACGAUAUGCCAAAAUAUAAUUAUUCGGUAAAAUCAUCGGACAAAAAGGCGGAAUAUGAAUUUACUUCGUGUAACAGUACUGUCAUUGCUUUGAGACGUGGUAAACAAUUUGUCAAAGAAGUCACGUCUGGCGAAGAAGUUGGUAUUUUAUUAGAUCAAACGAGUUUCUAUGCGGAGCAAGGUGGUCAAAUUUAUGACGAAGGAUUUUUAGUUAAAGUUGGUGACGAGGGCACAGAAGUCCGGGUAAAGAAUGUUCAAGUCAGAGGUGGAUACGUUUUGCAUAUUGGCACUGUUGGUCAGGGAAUAUUAAAAGAAGGCGACAAGGUUAUUUCGAAUAUUGACACCGCCAGAAGAAGAUUGAUAAUGAGCAAUCACACAGCAACUCACGUUUUAAAUCAUGCACUGAGAAGUGUUCUUGGCACCGAAGCUGAUCAGAAAGGAUCUCUCGUCGCUCCCGAUCGUUUGCGAUUCGAUUUCACCAACAAAGGUGGAAUGACAACGCAACAAUUAAAGAAGACGGAAACAAUUACAAAUGAAAUAAUUGAUGAAAAUAAAAAGAUAUUCGCAAAGGAGAGUAAAUUGUCAUUAGCAAAAACAGUGCAAGGAAUUCGUGCAAUGUUUGAGGAAACUUAUCCCGAUCCAGUGAGAAUUGUCAGUGUUGGAAUUCCCGUUGAGGACUUGGAGAAGGAUCCCUUGAAUCCAGCGGGAACGAAAACAAGCGUUGAAUUUUGUGGUGGAACUCAUUUACAUUAUACGGGACAUAUCGGCGAUUUUAUAAUUGCAAGUGAAGAUGCAAUCGCAAAAGGAAUAAGAAGAAUUGUUGCUCUCACUGGUCCUGAAGCUACCAAAGCUUUGACAAAAGCAGAAGUUUUGCAAAAACGUCUCGAGAAACUCGACGCUGACGUGAAAAAUAAUACAAACACUUUUGAUUCGAAGGAAUACGUUAAAAAAAUUGUCGAAUUAACCGAGGAUAUUUCACACGCUACAAUUCCCUGUUGGCGAAAGGAUGAGAUGCGAGAUAUGUUGAAGUCAUUAAAAAAAUCAUUGGAUGAUAAGGAGCGUGCAACGAAAGCAGCCGUUGCAAAUUCAGUUGUCGAACUUGUUGAACAACUUGUAAAAUUGAAUAUUGGAACGCCUGUCAUAGUGGAAAUUUUACAAGCAUACGAUAAUACGAAGGCACUAGAUUCUGCUUUGAAAAAAGUAAAGACUUUAUCUCCGGAGACAAGUGCUUUAUUCUUGAGUGUCGAUACCGAUAAGAAGAAAAUUUUUGCACUCAGUGCCGUUCCUAAGAGCGCUGUCAGUAAAGGAUUAAAGGCAAAUGAAUGGAUUCAGUCAAUAACGUCAAUUAUGAACGGAAAAGGUGGUGGAAAACCGGAAUCAGCACAAGCUUCGGGAUCAAAUAUUUCCGGACUAAACGAAGCGUUAAAAGUAGCGAAAGAAUACGCUUUCUCGAAACUUGACAUGAAACCCGCAGCUUCGUUGGGAAAUUUAACUUUGUCACAAAAUACAAUAGCUGUUUGUGAAAUACCGGGACCAAUUUUAUACGCAAAUAACAAUAGUUGUGAAUGCUAUCGCGUUCAAAUGACGGCAAAAUAUUGUGAAAAAUAUCUACAAGUCAAUUAUUUCGACGAUUCAGAUAAAAAUUUGCCAAUUACAUUAAUUGAUGGUAAUGUAAAAAUUACCACCAGCAAUGCAAUUUGUUUUUAUUUAUCAAAUGAGAAAUUCAAGGGUGAUAAUAUUUUUGCACAAAGUGAAAUUUUACAAUGGAUGAUGUUUGUUGAUAAUUAUAUUCGACCGUACGUGACCAGUUGGAUUCUAUCGACAUUGGGUGUGAAAAAAUUAUCCAAGGAUUGUAUUAAAUUGGCAAAAGAUGAUUCAUUGAAUUUUAUGGAAUCAUUGAAUAAAAACCUUGUUACGAAAACAUUUUUUGUCGGCGAACGAAUAACACUUGCCGAUAUUACAAUUUUCACUGCACUAAUGCCAUUGUUUGAAAAUUGUUUUGAUUUGCGAAUGAGAAAAAAUUAUGAAAAUGUUUCUCGAUGGUUUUGCACACUAUUAGAGCAAGAGAAUAUUAAGGAAAUUGUUGGUAAUUUCACAAUGUGCGAGAAGGCAAUGAAAUAAAAUUUGCGAGAAUUUUUUUUAGAAAUGCUUUUUGGUAUUUUUUAUUUAAAAUAAAAUGUCUUACUUACUAAAUAA